AUGUUUAAAGGUUCUCUUAGUCCUUUAUUAAAUAUACUAAAUAAUUUUUAUACAGAUACAAAAAAGAAGCAAACACUGUCUAAAAAAGAAACAUCCAUUAAAAAAGCAACUCCUAUUAGAAAAAAAACUCCUGUUAAAAAAGAAGCUCCAGUUAAAGAAGCAGCUCCAGUUAGAGAAGCAGCUCCCAUUAGAACUUGGAGACGUUCUUCUAUUA